AUGAUUGUGGACUUCAGGAAGAGCACUGUCCCCCCGCCCCCACCCUCCGUGAUGGACUCCCCCAUCACCUCUGUGGAGUCCUUCCGUUUCCUGGGCACCACCAUCACCCAGGACCUCAAGUGGGAGCCGACCAUCAGCUCCCUCAUCAAGAAGGCCCAGCAGAGGAUGUACUUCCUGCGGCAGCUCAGGAAAGCCAAGCUGCCUGCACAGAUGUUGGUGCAGUUCUACACGGCCAUCAUCGAGUCCAUCCUCACCUCCUCCAUCACCGUGUGGUUCGCUGGAGCCACAGUCAGGGACAAACAGAGACUACAGCGCAUUGUGCGCUCUGCAGAGGAAGUGAUCGGCCGCAGCCUUCCAUCGCUGCAGGACCUUGUCCCUUUAACAGCGCAGGCGCUGCUGCAGCACGCACCCAGUGGAGAGAAAGAGCGGAGUGGAUUGCGGCUGCGCGCCUCCGCGACCUGCAGCUGUAGGAUUACGGAGAGCAGCACUGAAGCUCCCCUGGAUCUACCACUCCAUACGAGCUUCCCUUCAGCGGAGAGAGUGCACCUGCUGCUGCCGCUGCGCACAGGGCGGAUUCUUUGUCAUACUCGUACACAAUGCAGGUGGGCGCUAACCCAUGAUCCUCUCAAGAUGAUGAAGACGGAGCCCUCAGGGGAGCGGACCCUCCGCAGUGCCUCCCCUCAUCGUAACGCCUACCGUGCAGAGUUCCAGGCCCUGAAGAAGGCCUUCGAUCAACCGCACAAAGAUGGUGACGCCAAACCCAAGGAGCCCAGGCAGCCUCGGGGCCGUCAGUAUGGGGCCCAUGUCAGCCGCAUCAAGGACAUGUUCAUGCAGAUGGGCACAGAGAACCCAGCUGCCAAGACCAGGGGCGGAGAAGAGGUUUCACCGCAAAAAAUUGCAAAACCUACAAACUUUGUAAACAAGACGGACGGUUCAGUCGUAAAACUGCAGCACUCGUCUUCAUCCGAGCGCAUCGGAGCACCCGGACACAAGUUCUCUGAAACCAGGAAGCUUUUCGAACAGCAGUCCAGGGACCAGUCGCAGUCGCCCGUUUUCCCCUCCAGCCGGGACAAGAGGGGGUCCCACGAACAGCUGGACGACUGGAGAGGGCCGCGCUCAAACCGGGGCAGCCAAGACUCACUGGACUCUCUCUGCUCCAGGACUGACGCAGCCUCCCCCACAGUCAGCCAGCUCAGCGCAGUCUUCGAGAACCAUAGCCAGGCCCAGAGCAGCUACCGUAGCCCAGGCAGGCGGGCACUCUACUCCCCUGAUGGGCUGCAGAGGCCUGGGGAGGUGAGCGAGGACGACUGCCGGCUGUCCCCAGUGCGAGGAACGUACCGGAGCAGGACGGCCGGAGGGAAGUUACCCUCCUCCAUCUCUGCAGAGGAGUUUCGGAGCCUCAGUCCCACUGUAGAGGCCAGAGAGGUCCGAGCCAAUGACUACUCCAGGAGUCCCAAAGAUGUCCCCAACGCCAAUACUAAUGGGACACAGCUCAACGGCUCAUAUAAGAAAGCCCAAGAAGACAAAUCCAACAAGGAUCUAGAUGAAGCCAAAAGCCCCGAACGGAGCCUGCCCACCACAGACCCAGAGCCAGUGAGCGACAGGGGCGGGUCCGCGGAGGGGCCAGAGGAGGAGGAGGACAGCAGGGGCCCGCGGGUGGUCUAUACAGCGGAUGGGGACGCAUGCUUCCAGGGCUGGGGGGAGAGCUGUACGGACGCGGAGGACGAGCUAUAUGCAGACGACGAGCACGACUUUGUAUACGACCCGGGAGCAGAGGUGCAUCAGCUGCCCGGUCUGCCGCCCGAGAGGCUGGAGGAGAUACCAGCCAAGAGGAAGAUCAGCUUCAGCACAGGGCCCAUCACGGACGAUGGUGAGAAUGCGCUCGCAGUGGGACAGUGUGCGGUGUUGAGUGGGUGCGAGUUAGCGAAAGGCCUCAGCGCUGCCCCCCACAGGCUGACGUAUUUGGAACACAGAGCUGCCUGCUGGAGUGGAAAAACCAAUGUCUCCAGGAAUAAGCGUCAUCUCCUCGGCUUCUCGCACACAGAGCCAGGGCUGGAGAUGUUUGUGAUCGGCCGGGAGCGUCCAGGGCAGCAGAGUGAAGUGGCCAGUCUGAUCCAGCAGACUCUGGAGCAGGAACGCAGGCAGAGGGAGCUGUUGGAGCAGCAGUACGCCCACUACGACGCUGACGAUGACGAGCAGACUGGGGAGUACGCCACAGAUGACGAGGAUACUCCUGCUGUCCCGGGACAGAAGAGCAUCGAGGUGUUUGAGCUGCCCGAGUCUGAAGACGUCCUGUCCCCAGACGACCUGGACGCCAACAAGCUCUACCAGAAGUUCAAACAGCUACAGAUAAAACACACUGUGACAGAGGCCGAGAUCCAGAAGCUCAAGAACAAGCUGUCCUCAGUGGAGCAUGAGAAGCAGCGCUGGGAGAAGGAGAAGUGCCAACUGAAGGCCAGCAUCGAGGAGAACAAGGAAAGGAUGCUGAAGCUGGAGGCCUACUGGAUCGAAGCCCAGACCCUCUGCCACACAGUCAACGAGCACCUGAAGGAGGCCCAGGCCCAGUACCAGGCCCUGGACAAGAAGUACAGCAAGGCCAAGAAGCUCAUUAAAGACUACCAGCAGAAAGAAGUGGAGCUGCUGCAGAAGGAGGACUCAGAGCGCAGGAGGCUGGAGGACGCAGAAAAGGCUCAUCUGGCCGAGAUCCAGGGGCUGCAAGUGCGGAUCUGCAGCUUGGAGGCGGAGCUGGUGCAGCUGAUGCAGCAGAAUGGUCUGCAGCUCAACAAUAACAACAGUAAUGCAUGUGAGCGGAGAGCCUCAGCGCCCCCUGGAGAGAUGGAGGUCUCUGCUGCGAAGAACAUGUGCAGAGGACUGGGGCACCAGGCCGGUUCUGCAGAGGGAGAGGCGUCAGAGGCAGGCUCCUUUGACGAGGUCCCAGCCAGGGGCCCCGGGAGCAGAGAGGGCUCCCCCAGGAGCCAGGCUGUCCCAAGAGGGUGCAGACAGCAAGGGUCGCCGCUGAGGUCCGGCCCCUGCGGUGGAGCAGAGCAGCCCAGGUCCUCAGAGGCCUCAGUUGAAGACAGUCCAGGCAAACUGAAGGCCAAGGACCCUUCGCUCUCAAAGGACCUCAGCAGCAGUAGCUCAGUGGACGUCAGUGGUGUCGUGGACGGGUCUAGGCGGGGCCCCUCCCCUCUUGCCUUGUCCUCAGAUGAGAGUUUGGAUAUGAUCGACGACGAGAUCCUGGAUCAGCAGUCCCAGCCUCAGGCUCGCAGUGUGGCUGACUGGAGCCCAGAGCAGGUAGCUCUCUGGCUCAUGGGCCUGGGACUGGAGCACCACAUCCCUCAGUUCACUGCCAGCAACAUCCAGGGAGAAGAGCUGCUGCAGCUGGACAGCACUGAACUCAAGGCUUUAGGGGUGAGCUCUUCCCAGGACCGUGUAUUGAUCAAGAGGAAGAUCAAGGAGCUCAAGGUUCUACAGGAGAAGAUGCUCUGCAGGCCACAGGAGCAUUCCCGCCGAAGGGACACUGAACACAACGAGGAGGAGUGA